CUUUUUCAGGUCCGGUCGCCAUCAGCUCCGACCGUACUAUUGAAUGUUAGCAUAAAACCUUGUUUAUCCAAGGCAUCCGUUGAAAUACGCAAGUGAAAAUGGUUCAAAAGAAACCCAAGAAGAAGACUGGCAAGAAGGUAGCAGCCGCUCCUUUGGAAGUCAAGAAAGUUGAGCCAAAGAAGAUUGUAAACCCACUCUUCGAAAAGAGGCCACGCAACUUUGGCAUUGGCCAAGAUGUGCAACCCGUUCGUGACCUGUCCAGGUUCGUUAAAUGGCCAAAGUACAUCCGCAUUCAAAGGCAAAAGGCUGUGCUGCAAAAGAGAUUGAAGGUCCCACCACCAAUCAACCAGUUCACACAGACCUUGGACAAGAACACAGCCACCUCUGUGUUCAAACUGUUGAGCAAAUACAAGCCAGAAUCUGCUCUGCAAAAGAAGAAGAGGCUGCAGGCUAAAGCCGAAGCCAAGGUGGCCAAGAAGGAAGACGCCCCAACCAAACGCCCGAAUGUCGUUCGUGCUGGCGCCAACACCGUCACCACCCUCAUCGAGCAGAAGAAAGCUCAACUCGUCGUCAUCGCCCACGAUGUUGACCCAAUUGAGCUGGUCAUCUUCCUCCCAGCCCUCUGCAGGAAAAUGGGUGUCCCAUACUGCAUCGUCAAAAACAAGGCCCGUUUGGGACUGCUCGUCAGGCGCAAGACCUGCUCGUGCGUCGCUUUGACCCAGGUUGAAAGCGGAGACAAGGCUGCCUUCAACAAAUUGCUCGAGGCCGUCAAGACCAACUUCAACGAUAGGUCAGAGGAGAUCAGGCGUCACUGGGGUGGUGGUCUUUUGGGCUCCAAAUCUGCGGCCCGUAUUGCUAAGUUAGAACGUGCUAAGGCUAAGGAAUUCAACCAGAAACAAGCCUAAAUCAACCUGGAUGAACAUUACGUUUGGACAGGAAUUUCCAUUUAAAAAAAAUAAAAAAAAUCUAAAAAAAA